UGAUAGCAAGGAUAUCAUUGAAUUAAUUUGCGCGUUAACCGGUAAUGAAGGCUAUCUCAUGACGAUUUAAGGAGUUUACUCUCUGAAUUGGUUGGGUAACCCUGCAGAAUGUAGAGUUGUAAAAUGGAGGGGAUUGAUAGCCAUUGAAUCACAAGAAGAACAGUGUGGACUCCUUGGACCUUUGUAACUUAUCUCUUGUUUUUACUAGUUCAAACAGAAAAGCAAAGGACAGAAAGCGUGUCUGCUUAUAAGCACAAAGCAUGCUUCUUUCUCUUCUCUUUUACCUCCCUUCUUUCCUUCCAUCGCUCCGCAAUUAAGGACUAGGGUUUUCAUUCGACCUUGACAAUUCAUUCAUAAUCUCCUUGUAAUUAUCUUUAAGAAGGAUAUUUGGUAUACCACGUUAAGCUGCUUGGGAUUAAAAGUUUGGAAAUCAGAUAUGGGACUUUGCUUGGAUAAGCAUAAACGUGAUGCAGACAGUGAUGAGCUCCAUGUUGAGUUUGCUGGUGGUAAUGUGCACCUCAUAACCACAAAAGAGAGUUGGGAUCAGAAGCUGUCAGAAGCAAGUAGGGAUGGCAAAAUUGUGCUCGCAAAUUUCAGUGCAACAUGGUGUGGUCCUUGUAGACAGAUUGCACCGUUCUACAAUGAGCUUUCUGAAAAAUACCCAUCUCUACUGUUCUUAUUGGUCGAUGUUGAUGAACUAUCUGACCUCAGUACAUCAUGGGAGAUCAAAGCUACUCCUACUUUCUUCUUUCUUAGAGAUGGGAAGCAGCUGGAGAAGCUUGUAGGAGCCAACAAGCCAGAGUUGCAGAAGAAGAUAACUGCUAUUGUAGACUCAUUGCCCCCUAGUGACAAAUGACUGCUGUGAUGGUAUCGAGCAACUUGAGUAUUUUAGUGCUUCAGUUGUGAGGUUCUAUCUGUAUGUUUUGUGCUUGUCACGUAGAUAUGACCAAUUUGAUGAAGGUAUUCUGUUGUUGAUAUGUGGUCAGAAAGAGCAAUUCCACUUGUGAAAGACUGCUUGAAGGGUGUAGACUUUUGAGUGUUUGGAGUUGGAAUUAGGGUUAAAGUUUGAUGUAGUCGGAAUUUGGUUUUUGUUUUAGAAGGGUUUGUUGAUGGAAUAAAGCGCUGUGAAAUAAAAGCUAUUUUUCUUCGAAGAAGAAGAAAAAGGAGUUGUGAAUAGCAA